GGGUCGGUCCGAGCUCGGCUCUGGCAGCGCGGCCGCACCUCUCCUGCCGCUGAUCCGCGGAGCCGGCGCCAUGGCAGUUUCAGCAAGACAAGAAGAUGUGGUAGAAGUACACCUGUUAACAGCUCAAUGAAAGACCAGUCUUUUGUGACUCUAGCCACAAAUGACUCCUAUGUGAAAGGAGCGCUGGUACUUGGCUCAUCUCUGCAACAGUACAGAACAGCAAGGAAGCUGACUGCACUCAUAACUCCUCAGGUCUCAGAUCUUAUGAGGAGAGUACUGGAAAAAGUCUUUGAUGAAGUCAUAUUGGUAAAUGUCUUGGAUAGCGGGGACUCGGCACACUUGGCAUUAAUGAAAAGACCUGAGCUGGGUGUCACCCUAACAAAGCUUCACUGCUGGGCACUGACACAGUUUUCAAAAUGUGUUUUCAUGGAUGCAGACACAAUGGUUUUGUCAAAUAUUGAUGAGCUUUUUGAGAGAGAAGAGCUGUCUGCAGCACCAGAUCCAGGCUGGCCUGACUGUUUCAAUUCUGGAGUCUUUGUUUACCGACCUUCCAUUGAAACAUACAAUCAGCUGUUACAGUUUGCCACAGAGAAAGGCAGCUUUGAUGGUGCAGAUCAGGGGUUAUUAAACACUUUCUUCAGCAGCUGGGCAACAACAGACAUGAGCAAACAUCUACCAUUUAUUUAUAAUUUGAGCAGCACUUCAGUAUAUUCCUACCUUCCAGCAUUUAAAGCGUUUGGUGCAAAUACUAAAGUGGUGCAUUUCCUCGGAAGCACAAAGCCAUGGAACUAUACAUAUGACUCCAGAACAAAAAGCAUAAAAGGCAACAUGGACGACCCUAAAGUAGUUCACCCAGAAUUCCUCAACAUGUGGUGGAAUACCUAUACAGCUGAUGUUUUACCAUUACUAGAACAGCAUGGAAUUGAAGAAGUUACUACUGGUAUAAACAUGGGAGAGGUUACAGAGGCAGUGUCCCACAUAUCAAUAUCAACACCGUCACCGGUAUUACCAACUAUAUCUUCAGAAGAACGCAAAGAACGGUGGGAACAGGGCCAAGCUGACUAUAUGGGAGUGGAUUCCUUUGACAACAUCAAGAAGAAACUUGAUACCUACCUUCAGUAGAAAUGCCUGUCAAAACAGUGGUGAUGCAAGGACUUGUUCCAGAACUAACAGCUAGAAAGGUGUAGAUGGUGGUCAGUUACACAUGCUAGUAGCUUGAUGAAAAACUUCUUGGCGGAAGGCCUCUGCAGUGCUACAGAUGAAGACUGAGCAAAAGCCAGGAAGCAGAAUUCCUUGGGCCGCCUAUUACUGCCCAAUUUCCAAUUCUUCCUACUAGAUAACACCAGGUAUUUUCAGCUUAAAUUUUAUUCUGUCGUGAUCAAUUGGCUCAACAUACUCCUUGAAACUGGGUUUAUUACCUCACCUUAUUAAGGUGAUAAUUAGCAUUGAUUCUGUUUGUUUGCUGUUUUAGAUGUAAAAUCUAAUUCAUGGGGUUGCUCAUACACUAGGAGUGGUAGCCAUUCUGCUUUACCAUAAAUAUAUUUAUGACACUGGAAUACAUACAGAUGUAACAGUAAUAGCACUGCUUUGCUCUUCCAGUCACAAUUGCACUGAAGUUUUGACCAGGUUCUUACGCACAGUGCCUAAAGCAUGGCAGGAAUGCAUUUUUCGGUUCUGUAUACUAUGGGCCUAGUAUAAACUGAGUUUUAUCUGUUACUUGCAAUGUUGCACUUGAUGCAAAAAUAAAAGCUGUCAUGCAUUUCUGGCUUCCUUAAAGACUUGAACAAUUGAGGGGGAAAAAAAAAGCAAGCUCUAAAGCCUUUACUAUAUUCAACAGGUAUAAACUUUAAGCUUUGCUAAUGCUAUUCUAGCUAUCAUUACCAAAUGUCUAGCUUUUAGCUCUGUAAUUACUUACAGAGUAUACAGCCAUGUGCCGAGGUGCUGUUUAGGGCCAAUCCUCUGAUUAGAUUGCCAUAAGCAGAGGACUGAAUGGUGGAGGAAGUACCUGCUGAAGCUACUCACACAAGCAACACAAAGCUUGAGAAAAGGGCUGCUUCCUUUCUGAGACUAAAAAAAACAUCAUCCUGAACAUAAGCCCUGUACACUAUGAACUUGUUUUAAGCACCAUAGUGAUGUUGUUUUGGCAAAAGAAAGACUAAUUAGUUGCUUAAGUAACUACCUUCCCUAACUGGGAAAAUUAUUUCUUCCAUGUGCACAGAGAAUAAAAGUGCUUUUUUUUCCCCAACUCGGUCUACAACUUCUAUUCUAACACACAUGGAAAAAGAGUAAAAAUACUGCAAAUAACAAAAGCAUGCUGAAAACAGAUUGGCUAUUCUGUACUAAGUUUCAUUUCCAUAUUUUAGCCAAAAGUCUAAACAGAACCAAACUGGUGUUCAGUCUUUGACAGCUAUGCUCUGUACUAGUCCAGAAACACUAAGAAAAUAUUUCAUUAUUUCCUAAUAAAAAAGGAUUGUGGCAGGAUGCUGAUGCAAGCGCUAAACUUUUAGCCUCGGGAGAAAAUAACCAACAAGCUCUCACAGUUUGCUGGUAAAGCAGAUGAUGUAAUCUGGGAAUGAGAUCAAGUUUAUUUUUACUACUAAAUUGCUCUAAGAUUCCUUGGUCACCAUUUACCAAAAAUGCUAUAGAUGAGGGCCAAACAAGUAAGUUGUAGCUAUUUAAAAGUACAUAGCCCCUGAACUCCCACUUGUAACUAGCCCUUCCCUGUGUGAUUUUUUUUCUUUUGCUGUGUUGUUGGGUUUUUGUUGUUUGGUUUGAUUGGGGUUUUUUAUUAAACAGAUGAAGCUAAAGUUGUGUGAAAUCAGGCAGGAUUUUAAGUUGCAAUCUAUAGUGACAAAAGUAUAUUUUAUCCAGAAUUCUGUGUGCUCACAAAAUGUUUUCUGAAAAGUAGUAAAGUAGUCUGUUGAAGACAACAGUCUUAGUUUUCCUCCCCUUGGCUGUAAUCAUAGUAGAGAAUAGGCACAUUAGUUCUUUUUUAAGCUUAGUUGGAGAGAACUGAAAAUGUAAGAGCAUGAGACGAUACCAAUGUGAAAAUUUGGUUUAGCACACAGAAGUUUUAUUCUGUUACUACGGGAAGAUAAGGAGAGAUGCUAAGUUGAAAACCUGCAUGUUUUAGGCUAAAAGACAUAGUCAGUAAAGAAAGAAAACCUGUAAAACUAUUCUGUUCUAGUCUCUGUGACUCGUAUUAUGGCCAAGCAUUUACCAACAGCAUCAGGAAAGCAAAAUGUAUGACAUCUAUACCAAAUUAUGCAGCUUAUUUUCAAUAAAAUUACCUUAUGUCAUUA